AAAUAGAGCAUAUCAAGCCAAAAGUGGUUUACAAGAAUGUCAUGCUAAUGGGGCUAUAUUAGAAUAUUGGUGUGACCAACUUAUAGUCAGAUAUCAAAAGUGGAAAAAUAAAACCCAUGACAUCCAGCAAACAAUUAUUAAUUUACAAAAUAACCCAUUAGCAAAUUCCCUCAAUAUGGCCACCACUUCUAGACAACAUAUAUAUCAAACUAUUCAAACAAGUCUUGCACAUAUUCCUAAUUACAUAGGACAAGAACCACUGAAUGACUAUUGUAAUAAGAUUCAACAAGCAAUUUCUUUUGCUGAUACAAUGAUAAUUGAUGCCAAUCAUGCAAAUGCUAAUACUUUUACUGAUGCACAUAAGGCAGAUAUCUAUAAAUUGAAAAUGGCAAGAAAAUAUGUUCCAGUUCCAGCUCAACAUCCUGUUGUUACUAAUAUUGAUACUCCAGACUGUUUCAGAGCUUGGCUUAGGCAUAAAUAUCACGAAUUAACUAAACCUAAAAAGGUUAAUAAUGUUUAUCAGAGCGAACCAGAAAAUUCAGAUGAUGAGGAGGUGAUGAUAUUGGAAAAUGACGAAAGCAAAGAAGAAGAGGGGGAGGAAGAAGAAAGCAUAUCUAAUAAUGAACCACAAAAUUGUUUCAAUGAAGUAUUUCUUGAAUCUCUUAAACAUAUGAUAUCCGAAUUAAUACCUCAUUGUCCUAAGAAGAUUCUCAUUGAAGCUCGUAUAUUUCUUAAUAAUCUGUUUAUAAAGAUGAAGGAUCAGUUUGAUUCAUAUUAUGGUGAAAAGUAUACAGUCAAAGAAAGAAAUAAGGACCAGACUCCAAACUCUUCGAGUCACAAAGAAAUGAAUCGUGAUUAUGAGCUUAUAUCUCCAUCAGAAAAACUUGACAAUUCCAUUACAUUAAAUCACGCUAUUAAAGUAUACCAAGGAGCACAAAUAAGACAAAAUUGGCCAAACCCUUUUGAGAUUGAUUUUCUUGAUAUAAAAGAACCUAAUGAUGUAACAACGAUUUCAUGUAGAAUAG